GAAAUUACGGCCAACUCGUGGAUUGUUUGUGUGGUCAGAAGAACUUCUUUGCUUGAUGGACUUGGGAUGAAACUAAAGUUGCUAUGGAUGUUGAUUUUUCAACCCCUGAUCUAUCCCACCUGACGCUGGAUGACUAUAAACACGUGUAUGAACCUGCUGAGGAUUCCUUUCUUCUGCUGGAUGCUCUGGAGUCGGAACACACACUUCUUAAACAGAUGAGACCGUCUGUUUGUUUGGAAGUAGGCUGUGGUUCUGGUGUGUGUAUAUCGUUUCUGGCCCAGAUUAUUGGACCUUCAUCCUUUUACAUGUGUACAGAUAUAAAUCCUUCUGCUGUCAGUGUUGCCAUAGAAACUGCAAAGAAAAAUGGAGUUUGUGUCCAGCCAGUCAUCAGUGAUCUUGUUGGAGGUUUGGAGACCAGACUUAAAGGGUGUGUGGACAUCUUGAUUUUCAACCCUCCGUACGUUGUCACACCAAGUAACGAGGUAGGAAGUCAGGGGAUUGAAGCAUCAUGGGCCGGUGGUGACAGAGGGAGAGAAGUUGUGGACAGAUUGUUUCCUCUUGUAGCAGACUUGUUAUCUCCCCAUGGUGUCUUCUACCUAGUCAUCAUCAAAGAAAAUGAUCCAGAUGAUAUCCGAAGUAUUAUGGAGAAACAGGGGUUAAACAUGCAGGUUGUGAAGUCACGAAGAUCAGGACCAGAGUUCCUCUCUGUUCUCAAAUUCACAAGAGUUACGUGACCAUUGUAACAGCCGACUUUGCUGGAAAUGAUUAUUUCUUUGAACUGGUCUAUGUAUCAGUUGAACUGGUCUAUGUAUCAGUUGAACUGGUCUAUGUAUCAGUUGAACUGGUCUAUGUAACAAGUGGCAAGUUCAAGAUGUGACCCUUGAGUUCAUCUAACACGAGCCAUGUGACCAUUACGAUUAUGGUACGGAUGAUCACACAACGGUGCACCAUGUUAUACCUUACAGAAUAUUGUGUGAUCAAGUUGUGAACAUAAAGCUACCCUCACAAUUAUGUUAAAACACUGAACAUUAGCCUUUAUUGUGAUUGGUGGUAGCCCUUAAACAAAAGGUAUGUAAACUCACAGAAAGAAUCAUAGUACUUCCUUCCUGCUUAAAAGAUUUAAUGGAGAAAUGAGAAAGACAUUGGACAAAACAUUGGAAGAUUUUGAAAAGUAUGGGGUUAUUGUGAACAUUUCAUCACAAAACUACAUACAUUGUAGGAUAAGAACAGUUUUUUAAUAUAGAUAAAAUUAGGAUUUUGAAAAGUAUGGGGUUAUUGUGAACAUUUCAUCACAAAACUACAUACAUUGUAGGAUAAGAACAGUUUUUUAAUAUAGAUAAAAAUAGGAUUUGGAAAAGUCAUAUUUUCAUUUGUAAAUGUUUUUAAAUUUGAGCAAUACUUUGUGUUUCCUUGUUAUAAUUCCUUUUUCUGUAGUUAAACACAUGAUUAAACACAUAAAUAUUGACAAAACAUUAACAAGAAUGACUUAUGUUUUGCAAAUCAGUUCUCUACAUCCAGAUCACAUUCAUACCAGGAAUCAAUAAACAUGUAAAAAAAGAAAAAUAUUCAAAUAAUACAGGGACUAUAUUGCACUAGACUGUUUCCUAAAUAUACUGAUUCAACAGAUGAUAUGAAAUAUCUAAUUUCACAGUCUAACAGACUGGUUGAAGUUAUGUGUAACAUAAUGUAACCUACAUUCAGCCGGUUUUCACUAAACGUUUGCCAACUGGUUUAUCUGGUUCCCGAAGUGAUCAACUGGGUUUAUGUGCAACAUAAAAAACGGCUGGCUAAACUUUCUCCAAUUUCAAUAAAAAAACAGCUGACUUUCACUUUAGUUCCAGUUCCUGUACCAGUUACAUGCAAUGUGUAAAACAUGUUCUAUAAUACUCUGAGGUCUCACAAAUCCCAAGAAUUUAAAAUUGUUUCUUUCAAGUCGAUUUCAAAUCUUUUUCUCCAGAUCAUCCCUUAACAUCUUCUAACUUGGGGAAAAAACCCUGUUUUAUUUACAAGAACCAAUGUUUCAAGGUUUUUUUUUCCCCCAUAUCAUCCUUUGAAAGAAAUCUUCUAACUCGGUAAAAAAAAUUAUUUACAAGAACC